GCUUACCUCAGAAAGUGUAGUGGGAAAUAAAAGUAGCUUCGCCGGCCGGGAAGCCGUGUGCAGUGCGACCAUGGACGACAGCGAACUGCCCGAGCUGCUGUUUUUCGACACGUUUUCCCACGACACCUAUGAGCGUAAUCUCGAUCUGGUGCAGUUUCCCAACCCGGUUUACAUAACGGAAGUGCGUAUCAUUCCGCUGGGAGCGCGCGUUCAUGCCGAUUUCCCGGGUGGCGUACGACUCGGGGCGACCAAUCCUUCCAACUUUCACAUCGAGCUGUUCGUGAAUGAUCUGGGCAAGCCGGGCGCGGCGGUAUUCGAGAGUCUGGGUGAGUUCGAGUACAACCAGAACAACUGCAUCCACCUCCAAUCCUCCGCCCGGCGCAUCCCGACCGACGGGCUGGUGCUGAAGGGCUGGUACACCACCAUGACGCUCGCCGUGUACGGGAUCCUGACCACGAGCAUCGUCGAGCCGAUUGUGUCGCCCCGGGAAAUGACGCCACAUCCAAGCGACGUAAACACCCUGCUGAUAGGCGGUGGCCACGAAUCGGGCAGCAUUGCAGAGCCGUUACACGGCGGAUGCGGCGGUGAAUGGGUACAGGAGGGUCCUAGCGGUAUGAUGGUGAUCGUCAACCCGAACGAAGUGUUCGUGCAGAAGGAAUACCCGGACGAUAACAGCGAGGACGCACCGAAGGACCCACGGCCUUACGCUCGCAGGGCGGCAGCGGCAGCAGCCGCCGCAAUCGCCGUAAGUGCCGCAAGUCCACCCGAACCGAUCUACGAGCCGCUCGAAAGUGGCAAGAUACUGCCCGGCCCGGCGGACUGUGACCUGGCGCCGGACAAGCGCAGCGGAAAGUACCCGCCGUUGCGUUCGUCCGACCCGGUGCAGCAGGAGCAGCAGUAUGCGUACGAGUCGGUUCGUUCGCCACGGAUGCGCCGGCACAGUAACCGUGACGAGUUUUCACGGUCACCCAGCCUGUGCAAGGAGUACGAUUCACCACCCGCUCUGGCCAAGCAGCAGGCUCAACACGGCCCACGGGAACCCGAAUGGUCACGCAGCCCCGACUACCUGGAGCAACCGGCGAACCAGCAUCUGGAGCAGCCACCGCUACCGCCACUGUCGCGAUCCCGGCGAUUACGCAGCGAUUCGUUCGAUCGACUGCGCCGCGAACCUUCCUUUGAGCGGUUAGAAAAGGAAGACCGAAGGCGACCCCGGUCGCCGCUUGAUUCACCGCGCCGGCCGCGUUCGCCCGAUCGGAACGAAUCUUCGCCGGAUGGGAUGGACGAGGAGGAGGUCGAAGACCUGGAGAUGCUGGUCGACGAGGAGGAGGACGUGGAGGAAGAGGAAGGCCUGCGGCACAGUUUCCAUCGGGGACCGCCGGCAGUGGCGGCACCAAUGGCGUCCGGUGGCAAAUACGGGCGCGACAAACGAGGCGGAGGUAUGCUGAUGUCAGGUGGACCAGAAAGCCGAUCCCCGGUAAAGCAUACACCUUCCGGUGGGUACGGUGGGGGACCGCGCAGCAAUGUAUCGCAGGGUCCACAGCAUCAGGCACACGGGCACCGCCACCACCAUCAUCAGCACCAGCAGUACCACCAUCACUACCAGCAACAGCAGCAGCAGCAGCAGCAGCAGCCGCCGCCGCAACAGCAUCAGCAUCAGCACCACCAUCAGCACCAUCAUCACCACCAUCACUACCAGCAACAGCUGCAGCAGCAGCAGCAGCAGGCGUUAUCCUCUAGCGGAGCGACCACUCCACCGUUACCCUGUGAACCCGUCACUAUAACGCCGGUCGCGUCGCCCGUGAUAACGUCGAACGAAGAGGACACCGUCUCGGUGACGGAACAGUUCGAGCCGAUACUGAGCGACGAGGAGAUCCCGGAGGAUUACGACUACGACUCGGAGUGCGAGUUCGUUUCGGACUACUGCAAACCAUUCAAUCCGAUCACGACACCGUUGGUGCGCUACGAGCGGCCAGAUGAGUGUUCCUUCGGUGUGAUCGAACAAAAGAUGCUGGCGAGCAUCGAACAUUUGCUCGCCCAAGAGCGAUACGGUCGCAAAGCGACGGAGAAUUUCCUCCACGAAUCGGCCGAGUGGCGUGAGCGGUUCGUCGACUACGCCGAGCAGCUGGUUCAGCACUUCAGUCAAUUGCUGCAGAAGUACGAGGCCCGCGAGAGCUUCUUGCAUCUGCUCGAGCAAUGGAUCGUGGACGGGUGGCCCGGUGUGGAAACGCUGAUCAACUGCAUACGCAUCGGGCUCGACUUUGACCGGGCGAUGGUGCAGGUACAGCCGGCGAUGAAGCUGCGCCACAUGAAGGCCGGCAUCCGGCUGGCGGAGUUUGUCGGGCCGUACGAGUGUUUCAUGCGUGCGAUUUUGCAGCAGGACGACUUCAACCUCUUCGAUCGCUUCCUCGGGCUGUACUCGCAAAACUUUAUGGCCCUCUCGAUCAAGCUGAUGAUCAUCCGCAGCAUGUACGCGUGCCUGGAUACGCAGUUCGCCCUCAAGUACUUCCUUUCGGCGUCCUACAACGGCUACCAGAUUCUGUUGGACUUGCUGCAGGAAAACCCGUCAACGCGCAUUGCUUUUGCACUGAAAUCGUUGCUCCGUAAAAUCACGCUCCACGAAACGGUGGAACUCAUCGGAACCACCGUCCCGCAGCUGUACGAGCAACAGCUGAAGGAUGCGAACCGGGCAGCUACCGGUACGCCACCGCUACCGGUGCCGGAAACGAUGGAACUGCUGCACAGUCUUCUGACCGAGCUAGCAAAAGCGAUCUCGUUGAAUGAAAUUGUCCUGUCGCAACCGAAGCGAUUCCUACCCGUUACGGCAAAGUUCGAAAUUCACAAAGAUUUGUCCUCGCUGACCAACGUGAACCGUACGAUUGUGCAAUUUUUCCGCACACACCGUUUGCUCGAAUCGCUCGUAAUGUUGCUCGAUCUGAAGGCGACACCCGGCCCGCUCUGCGAAACGAUUCUUAACCUGGUGGCGAUUCUGCUUAGCAGUCUGCCCAAGCUACGGUACCUCGUCGAACGGGCGCCGAUCAGUAACCUGCUGCACAAGUGGCUCUUCCAGCAGCUACCACUGCCCACCGAGUCGCAUCCGGGUUCGCACAACGCACCCUCGUACGAGUUGGUGCACUCGGAACUGACACGCGCCCAGCUGCUCGGGUUGGAGUUGGCCUACAAACUGCAAACGAUGUACCAUCUCGAUGCGCUGGCGAGCUUCCGGUGCGUGCCGGCCGAUCGGGAGCGUGACAGGGAUCGCCUCGCGGAGUGUCUGCAGGCGCUGUAUCAGCUUGCGCAAGGUAUCGGCCGCCGGUACGUCGUGGAGGUGCUGUGCAUGGAAGGGAACAUGGCGACACUGCUCGAGCUGCUCGAGCGUGAGAAGCGUCAGCUGGCAAAGGACGAAGUGGGUUCUCCGGGCUCCGGGGGGAAGCAUAAGUCGCCCAUCGUCAGCUACUGCGUCGAUAUGAUAGACCUCGCGGUACGGAACGCUGACGGUGCUGGUUACCUCGCGCACCACGGUCACGCCCUGCUCAGUCUGGUGAAGCAGCACGACCAGUUCGAAGGUUCGGUCGGUGCGGCACUGCAGGAGCUCGCCAUCUACCUGAAGCCGCUCGAGCUGCACGAUCUGUUCUCGUACGUCGACAUCGGCCCGCUGGUGGAGCUGAUGAAACGAAGUGUCGAGUAUGUGACCGCGUUUCCGGGCGAUCUCAUCACCGCCCUACGCUUGGUGCAGUUCCUCGCCAUUCCGCAGUACGAUCUGUACGAACAACCGUACGGGCACGCCGAGUUCAAGUACAAAUACACGCUGCUGCAGUUUUACUCGGCCGACGGUCAAGCACUGCUGCUGUCGGUGUUAGAGAAGCUAAACCUCUAUUUCGACCAGCCGGCCAUUCACGCGUCAAGCUUGGCCAGUACCCAGGGCGUGCUGCUGACGCAGAUCCUCUGCCCGACGGUGCACAUUUUGCGCAAACUCGUCUCGUACCUGAUCGAGUGCCGCAACACGGAGUUCCGGGACCUAACGCCGAUCGAGCCGCUGCUGCGGACGUACGCCUUGAUGCAGAGCGUGCCCGUGACUGCAGCCGCCGCGGCUGACGCACGGCAGGUGCAGCGCGAGAUCGUGCGCGUUCUGGUCGCCUACACCCAACCGGCACCGGCCGAGGGGCUCGACACGAACAACAUCCACCGGAGCCUGUGGACGCAGAUGAUCGGGGAGUUGACGAACUUCACGCGCCACGGUCCAAACUACUUCCUGCCCGGGUUGCUGGUGCUGUGCGAGCUGUUGCCGCUGCCGCUGCCCUUGUACUGCCACGAGGAGCUCAGCCCGGCCGAAGUGUGCCAGCUGAUCAAGGAGCGUCAGCUAUGGUCGGCCCACCUGCACCCGCAGAGCCCGGCCAUCGGAGAGCUUAUCCAAACGAUCUGCACAUCCAGCUACACCCCGCUGCUGGUAGUCCUCAGUCGCGCCUGUCUGCAGCUGGCCGAUCUCGCGCCAAACAUGACACUGCUCAUAUCGAAGUCGAUUGCCGACUUGAUAGUCAACGAGCCGCUGCUGCACGGCGGUCUGGCCAGCACUAGCCACGCCCGGUUGCUGAGCUUUCUGGCCGGGUUGGUUUGCCACCCGUCGGUGAAGGUGUCCCUGCUCUCCAUACUCCCCGGUCGUAUCAUGGACAUGAUGGUCGGCGUACUGCUGAAGCCCGGCCAAACGCCGGCCCACCAACAAACGCAGGAGCACAUCUACGUGGUGUUCCAGAGUCUGUUCGAUGCGGAAAUUGCACUCAUGUUCGGUGACGGCAUCGAUCCGGCUCGCCAGUUAGCCUGCUCGCUGCCACCGAAAGAAAUCAUCGACACGUUCGGCGCGGUGUGUGCGGAGUGUGUGACGUGCCCAGAGAUUGGCGUCACCGUGCUAAUGGCGGCCCUUCGCACAAUGCUGUUGUUGACAGAAAACGACACGACCUUUGUGACACUGGUUGCCAAUCUGUUGCGGAGACGCGAAGCCUGGAAUGUAGUGGUAUGCAAGUUUUUGCACAAAGCGAAGAGCAACCCGGAACCAUUCCGGGUGCUGUUUGGUCUGUUGAGCGAGUUUUGGCGGGCGCUUACCGAGGUCGACAAUAGUAUCAUCAUCCAGGGGUUGAAUUUACCCAAACGCACCGUAACACUUUCCAUCGGUCAGCUAGUGCAACUGCUUCCGUUGCCGGAUCGUGGUGAAGUGGACGAGCGCCGAGCGGCGCUCGUGCUGCUGGAAGACUUGAUCGUUCUGUUUCAAAGCAAACCACCCGGCAGUCCGAGUUCGGGCAGCGCAGCGAACGGUACCUCGACGGGGAAAAUUUUGACCGAUAAUCUAAGCAUGUUGCACGGCCAACUAUCAACAGCGGUAGUAGCAGGGGGAGCAGCAGUAGCUGCCGCCAGCCCGAGUUCAGCGAGUGGCAUCGGUUCGUCUUCAAGUACAAUUCUGACUGAGAACCUGAGCAUUCUGCACGGCCAGCUAUCAGCAGCAGCCGGAGGAGCAGCAACUACCGCUGCUGCUGCGGCGGCAGCGGCGGCGGCGGAAAGCGAUGAGCCGCCACCAUCCCCAGAGACCGAUUGGGGUGCGGUCACGGUCGAUCCGUUGCCACAGGCAGAGGGCAUCGUCACGCAGUACGGUUCCCGGAGUGUGUACGUGGUGAGCGACGACUGCGCGGAACAUCACAAGCUGUGCGACUGGCUCGGUUUUACACCCGGCGAGGACGAUCUCGGGCGGGAGCAGAUACCGUGCGAUUUGCAGGAUCUGGCUAAAACCUGCCUAGCCGGGGACACCAAUCUGACUGCCGACUGCAAGCGCCUGUUGCAUCUAUCUGCGUCGCCACACUCGAACCGCGACCGGCUCACGACGGCGCCGUGCUUUAGAACGCGCCGCGUGGAGGUGGAACCCAGCACCGGGCGGCCGGAGAAGAAAAUAUUCGCUACGCCACUACGCGGACGAUGUUUUUCGCGCGCUCCGACCACCCGGGGGGACCUGUUCCGAUCGCGGCCCCCGAACACAUCUCGACCUCCGUCGCUGCACGUCGAUGAUUUUCUGGCACUGGAAACGUGCGGCGCUCAGCCAACCGGACCGACCGGCUACAACAAGCUGUCGCGCGACAUCAUCACGAUUCGCGGUUCGAACCGCAGCCGAGGAGGCCGAAACUAUCCCGAGCGGGGCAGCCGACCCGGUGGUGGUGGCGGCGGCGGCGGUGGUUCCUCAGGUGGGGGCGGUGGUGGAGGUCCUGGCGGUCACUGGCACAGCAACACAAGCGGUAGCGGUGGUGGCGGUAGCGGUGGCGGAGGUAGUGGUGGCAGUGGCGGCGGUGGAAGUGGCUCCGGCUGGUCUUCCUCGAAUGCCUCGCAGAUGCACGAUGCGGGAGGCGGAGGCGUUAGCUCGGCCGGCAAACACUUUGGCGGUGGUGGCAGCGGCGUCAUCGUUAGCGGUGGUCACUACCGCGAGAGCAAUCACUUCGGUGCGCAGCGGUCCCGCUCGGGCCGUGGCUUCAACCGAUACAGCAGUCGGCUGUAUUCGCGCCCGAUCUAACGGGCUCAUUAUGUUGCGGAUAGCUGCUGUGGUUAGAUUAAGCGAGACGCGCUGCACGAACGCUUCUACAAGUCGUCCAUAGUUCGCCAAUUAUACACCCGUUACAAUGUAUGUGGCGUAGCGUAUGUGUCAAUGGCAUAAAGCCAGACACACUUUAGAGGAAACAACAAGUAUCCUCUUACAAUUGUAAUAUAAAGUAACAAAAACAUUUUAAAUUAAUUUUAAUCAAAGGCACAUUCGUAGCUAUCGAGGCCCCUCGACUCGGCUUGCAUAAAGGUCCCGGUUACAAUAGCCGUUCGUAGAUCGUCCAUAGCAUAUAGCGCAUUGCCUGUUCCAUAACAAUUUUUCGUAAGGUUUGGGCUGAGGAACAUAUUUUAGAUUCAUCUUCGUAUCGUAUUACUAUUGUAAUUAUAUAUGAAUCCACAAAAAUAUAUUAAAUUUAUUGUAAUCAAAUGUACAUUUAUGGCCGCUUCGCGACUUCACUCGGCUGGCGUAAAGGAUCCAGCCAGGUUGUAACAGCCGAUGCAGAGCAGUCGUCCGAACGCCGUAUAACAAGCGGUCUUGAGAGCUAGAGAGAGAUACCACGAGGUGGUGCAAGAUGAAAAGUAUCACCAUAAUCAUAUCACAAUUAUCCCGACCGAGAUUGUCGCCGAGAGAGGGGACGUCCCGCCGUCGUCAGAGAAGUGCGCAUUUGAGCCCGCUUACUGCUGGGGUACGCAGCAUUGGCACGGAAAGGAAGUCGAAAGAAAGUAAGGAAUGAAACAUCGACAAACUCUGCGCCACAUUUCGAAGCGUGUAGUAAAAGAACGAGCGAGCGAGAGAGAGAGAGACAGAUAGCGCGGGAGAAGAGCAUCAAGCGGUGCGUACACAAUAUAGCGCUUGAUUGAAUAAUAUGUUUCCUGAAAACUGCUCCUGAUUCAAUUAGUGCCCGAUGGGCGUUCUUGCUACCACGGGUUUUGUUGUCACCCCACAUCUUCGGCCGUAUACACGUUUGUUAGGCAAGUGCAUCAGCGGUAGAUAUUACGGCGACACUCGCUUCGCUACGAUGACCACUGUAUCGUGUUAGGCGGAGGGGGAGAGCAGGAGAAAGCGGUGUGCCCUCUGAUCGCAGCACGAACCCACCCUCCUUCGGUCCUGAUUUUGGCCAUUUUUGGUCAGGGUUUUCGAACUGGUGCUCAGGCGAUACCAAAUAGCAGUAACGGCUGCAGCAGAGCGAUGCAUGUGACAUUUUUUGAGCCGCUCUUGGUCCAGCCGCUCCAGCCCUGGCGCUCUGGCGGUGGUAGGAAAUGUCUUAAAAUCUCCAGCUUAUCUUCGAUCGGCCCACGCGUACUGGGUCUGCUGGGAAACUUCGCCAGCACGGGGCUGACAAAUUUAUUCUAAUUCGAACCAGAUUCUUUGGACCUGUGUGCUAUCGCUAGUCAACAAAAUAAACGAUUUUGUGAUAUUCAAGAAUGAAAAUUUUAUUUUAGUCCAUCAAAAGACAGUUAAAAACUUUGGAUAAGUUGUGUAAAUAUGUUUUUCUGUUCCAUGUGAAUAUUCACAUGAAACAUUUAAGCCAUCCACAUGUAGAACACCGAGCAUAUCGCUGGUGCAAAACAAAGUCUAUUUUCUGCGCUAUACAGCGCGAUUGCGCCUCAAACAAUAUUGCCAAACGGUGUUGCUUUAUCACGCAGUACCUUCUGCAGUCCUACGGUUGUUCAUCAGACUUUUCAAUUUUGAUGUAAUGUAAUGAAUAAAUUUGUUUUCUUAAUUACAUGUUUUCAAUGGUUGGCUAGCUGGGUUUUGUGGUGGAUAGUUUAAAACUUCAAUGUUCUAUAUUCCAGACAUAACAAAAAUUGGCAUAAACACUUAGCAUGUAGCGAGCAUCAAUUUUACAUUGUUAGGACGGAUCAGAAUGGGCCCGAAGACACGGUAGUCAUAGUAGAACAUGACGACGCACCGGCGCAUAUCGCUAAAGCCAUGAAAGACGCAAUAAAAAUGCUUGAUUGUGAAACGUUAUCGGACCCCAGUAUUCCCCAGAGCUGGUCCGUCAGAUUAUUGGCUUUUUGCUUCAAUGGGACAUGGGCACUUGCAGAUGCUGAUUGCAUUGCAUUGCAUUUGCUGAUUUUGAAGAUGUCGGAAAAUGGAUCGAAAUGUAAUGGUUUUCUACGCAGCAAAAACAGUUUUUUUAGAAAGAAAACCA